GCAGCUUUUUGAUAAUAAAGCCCUCUCUCUCUCUCUCUCUCUCUCUUUUUCCGCUUUCUUUCUUACUUUCUCUCUCGCUUUUCGGGUUCCUGCAUCGAUUCUCUCUAUAACUAAACGCAACGAAGAAUCCUUUCUCUCUCACUUUUUUUUCCUCCCCGCCUUGAUUCUCUGCCGAUUCUAGGGUUUCCAUUUCCCUCUCCCUGGCCCCUGCAGCUGAAGAGAAGCUCGCUCUGCUGCUGCCACCACCACCGACACAUUCUCUUCUUACUCGCUUCCGUUCGGCUCAGGUACACCUGCAUUCCGGCUGCGCUCUGUCGUCUUACUGUCGCCGGCGGGCUCCGAAUUCUCGCCUCUCGGUUUAGAAGCUUGAGGAUUUUAAGGAAACCUGAAUUGUGGAAUCACACAUCAUCUUCCAUAUUAUUCUCUAAGAAGUUUUUCCUCUGAACUGAUAUACGCUUAAGGAAAUGAGACCAUUUAGUGUACUAGAGGUCUGCCAUUGAUGGACUGCUUGCCGAGCAUCUGUGAUAAGAAAUCCUUGAAGAGGUGGUUUUUCAUUGACAAGACGGUGGGGUGAAGUAAUUUUCAACUGUCAAGAAAUAGUUUUUUUGUCCAAUUCCAAGGGUGUUGGAACUGUUGGCUUAUUUGAUCUACAUACUCCAAAGCCGGGCUCAAGGAUCCUAGCGAAAUGGACCUCAAAUCAAAUCACGCUUCUCCAGUUCUCACUGAUUCUGCACCCAUAGCCAAGUCAAUGUUGCAUUCUUCCUUGUUACCAUACACCACCGCCUCUGGAGCAGCAUUCUCGCCAAAUCUGUUACUAACUGUUCCAAGAAAGAAAGCUGGAAUACUGGACGAUGUACGCUCCAGCAGCUGGCUGGAUGCUAUGAAAGCAUCGUCACCUCCUCCUAAGAGGGUAAUCAAGGAACAGAACAAUGAUCAUACAUCACCCGAUGAUAGUGGGUACUCAAACUGGCUGCUUAAAUAUCCGUCAGCUCUAGCAUCAUUUGAGCAAAUUGCAAACUUUGCAAGAGGGAAAAGGAUAGCAUUGUUUCUUGAUUACGAUGGGACCCUUUCACCCAUUGUUGACAACCCGGACUGCGCCUUCAUGUCUAACAAUAUGCGAUCUGCUGUCAAAAAGGUUGCGAAACAUUUUCCAACAGCCAUAAUUAGUGGAAGAAGUCGUGACAAGGUCUACGAGUUUGUAGGUCUAACUGAACUAUACUAUGCCGGUAGUCAUGGGAUGGACAUAAUGAGUCCCGUUAGAGAAUCUGUAACUGCUAACCAUGCAAAUACUAUACGGUCCACUUGCAAGCGGGGCAAAGAAGUUAAUUUGUUCCAGCCUGCUAGUGAAUUUCUACCCAUGAUUGAUGAGGUGUUCAAUUCCCUUGUGGAGAGCACUAGAGACAUAAAAGGUGCUAAAGUUGAAAACAACAAAUUCUGCGUCUCCGUACAUUACCGCAAUGUAGAUGACAAGUAUUGGGAUGUGGUGGCGCGCUCUGUAGACGAAGUCAUUAAAAACUAUCCGAAGCUACGGCUGACACACGGAAGAAAGGUUCUAGAGGUGCGGCCUGUAAUCGACUGGGAUAAGGGAAAGGCUGUGACAUUUCUUCUUGAAUCCCUUGGCCUGAGCAAUUGCGAUGAUGUUCUUCCGAUUUACAUCGGGGAUGACCGGACCGAUGAAGAUGCAUUUAAGGUGUUGAGGGACAGGAAGUGCGGGUAUGGGAUAUUGGUGUCAUCUGUGCCCAAGGAAAGCAAUGCAUAUUACUCCCUGAGAGAUCCAUCUGAGGUAAUGGAGUUUCUCAAGUCACUGGUGAUGUGGAAGAAAGUCAAGUGCUCUAUCGACAGCAAAGUGCUAUGAGUAAAUUGUUUUCUUUGUUAGAAAAAAUUUGGUGAAAAUGGGGGGGAAAGAAGGAAAUGAUAUUAUAUAGAAGAGAAUACGCUGACAUACUACGUACGUACGUAUACACUACAUUGUGAAAAGGAUGGAGAAGAAGGAAGGAAGUAUAUGUUUUGGUUUGAGCAGCAGCAGCCUUAAAUGGCGGUUUUGUGGAGUGGCCGGUGGGAAUGUGACGACGAGUCGUUUGUUGGUCCGGCUGGCAUGCUUUGUGUUGCUCAUAUCUUGUCGAUCUUAAUUUUCUUGCUGUUUGUUUUAUGGGGAAAAAAGGAAGUGUAUAUUCUUUUCUUCUAAUUAUGAUGUAUUUGUUGUUAAUGGACGUUGAAGCAGUAAUAUUCUCCUUUCUUUGAUUGUUUCUCUGUUUGGUAAUGUGGUGUUCUCUAAAUUUAAGGCCUUUUGGUGGGGCUGG